CUUAUCGUCGUCACGUCAGCUUCGGUAGAGCCGCUGUGGUCGCCAGCAGCGGUGCAACUACAUACAACUUCGCCGAUAUAAAUCUCUCUUUAUUAUCUAAACUUUUCCCUCAUUACAUAUUGGUCUAAUAUGCCAGUUUCAAGACGGACAAAGUUGAGGUUGACCGUUUCUCCUUCAUCUUGCCACCUCUUAAAACGACUUCCUUGGGUAACACCAGUGGCGCUGGAUUAUCGCCUUCGGAGGUCAGGAGGAGCAGCAAGGCCGCACAUUGCAACGAGAUAGAUGUCCAGGACAAGAUAAACACUAGACCCUGUGUGAUGGACUACCUGUAGCUCAGCAGCCUGUGUCGCUCCUCAGCACUAGCUAGGACCAAGCAGCAGUCUGAAGCAGGGGAGACAGGCACGUGUUCCACGACAGAUCCCAUCAUGGACUUCUUUGAUGACCCCAGCCUGUUUGUGGGAGGGCUGGAGGGGUUGGCUGAGGAGGGCUUCCCUCCAGGACCCUCGUUGGUGGAUGAGCUGAACCUCAGCGCUGGCUUCGAACCGCUGCAGGUCGAGACUCUGGUCCCCGGGAAGCACCCCGGUAUGCUCCCACCAACCCCUUCCACAGCCAACCCGCAGGCCAUGCCCUAUGGGCAUCAGAUAACUCACUAUACUGCUAUUAAGACACAGAACCCUAUGGCAAUGCCUUUUCCUGGAUCAGAGGGCCCAGUCGGAGGUGGUGGCAUGAUAGCCCAACAACAUACUCAAUACCAUAGUGCCCCCAUGAGCCAAGCUCCCCAGUCCAAUGGGCUGUUCUCCAACAGCAGCCCCAUGUGGGGCAACCAGGACCAGAAUGGGAAUCUUUACCACUCACAUGCCCAGCAACAACAACAGCAACAAUUGCAUCAUCAUCAUCAACAGCAGCAGCAACUGCAAAGCCAGCAGCAUCACCUAAGACAGACACAGCAACACCACCCAUGUCAACAAGUACCACCGCCGCAUCACCAACAAAUGCAACAAAGGCAUCCACUACUCCUAAGCCAGCACCAGCAGCAUUCUCUACCACAACACCACAACUUCCCCUUUCACCAGGGAAGCCUCACCCAAAGCCAGCAGUCGGUUCACCACAACCAGUUAACUAUUGGGGGAGCUCAUUUCCACCCCAGGCCUGUGACUAACACUGGAUCUUUGCCCAAAUCCUAUGUGGACACCCCCAAUGCCUCUCUGGCCGGGGCUCCUCUACAGCAGCAGGGUGGAUAUCAAAUGGCCCCGGGGGCUCAGGCCUUCCCUGGGUCAGGACAGGAGGACGCCAGCCUGUCUUUCUCCAUGCAGUCCUCCUCCAUGGGUCACACCCUGCCAUCCUGCUCGGUCAGCUCAGCCACUGCCUACCCUUCGUCUCAGUACUCCUCUUUCCCAGGACAAGCCAACAUGCCCAACCUGAGCCAGACUUUGUCUUCAGCCCCGGUGUCCAUGACCACUGCCACCACAGCCCCUCACCCUUCCUCAGUGCCUGAGCUCUCCGCUGCUGGGUGUGAGUUUUCCACAGCUCCCGGUAUGGGCCAGCCUCAGGUCUCUGUCAACCAGGCUGAAGAGUGUCCCUUCCGGGGCAUGCGCUGCACCAGACAGACCCAUAGAAACUACGACUCCUCUGAGAUGUUCGGGCAAGCUAUGAGCUGCUACCCCAGCGUAGCCAGCCAGCUGCCCCUGGAGCAGGCCCAGAGCUGUGGCUCCGCUGGGGCUCCAGCUACCACCAGUAAUGGCUAUCAGUCCCUGGAGGACAACCUUCUUCCCGUGGAGGCCCGAGGAGGGGGCUUUGAGGGCCUGGAGGCCCCUGAUCUGCUGGCUGACGAGCUUCUGCCCCAGCUGGAAGCGGCCCUCAGCCAGCAGGAUGGCUCCAACUGCUCCUGGACCAACGGGAGCCCGGGCGGGGACGACGACAUGGAGGACAGGAACUCCCCAGCUAUGGACCCCUAUGAAGAAGAGCAGCCUCGCAAGAACGCUAAUGGUCCGAGCCAGGCCAGGGUCCUCAGCCCUCCGAUGAAGAGCAGCUCCUCGUCCUCCUCGUCCACGUCCUCCUACAGCUCCUCGUCUGAGAAAAGGUCCCAGCGGAAGCUGAGCCAGCAGCUUGCCCAGCAGCAGCAGCAGCAGCAGCAGAUGGAGGGGUCUGUGGAGGACAAGCAGGAGAAGGCCAACCGGAUCAUCCACGAGGCCAUCGCCAAGGCCCGCCAGCGGGGGGAGAAGAACAUCCCGCGGGUCAUGAGCCCGGAGAGCUUCCCCAGCUCCUCGCAGCACCGGGGGCACCGCGAGAGGGAGCGAGGGGGCAAGUCCCGGCCCAAGGAGAAGGUGUCCAAGAAGGCGCGCAUCGUGGCCUCGUCCAAACCCAAGCAGAAGGCCAAGAUUGGGAAAAUCGUCAUCAAGUUUGGGAAGAAGAAGAAACGGAAGCCCGCCUCGUCUGAGGAGGAUGAGUCGGACGACGACCCUCCGGCACGCCGCUCGGCUAAAGACGACGACUCGAAGCGGCGUUCCAACCGCCAGGUCAAGAGAAAGAAGUACUCGGAAGAGCUGGAGGCCAGGGUGUCGGACGAGGAGGUCAAGGUCAUCGUGAAAGCCAAGAAGACCAGCACUGCAGCACGGAAAGACCCCGGCAUGCAGCUGUUUGUAGAAAACCCCAGUGAGGAAGACGCUGCUGUUGUUGACAAAAUCAUGUCCUCCCGCACUGUGAAGAACGAGGUCUCUCCGGGGGUUUACGUGGAAUCGGAGGAGUUCUUUGUCAAAUACAAAAACUACUCCUACCUCCACUGUGAGUGGGCCACAGAGCAGCAGCUGGAGAAGGACAAGAGGAUCCAGCAGAAGAUCAAACGCUUCAAGAUAAAACAGGCUCAGAGGGCACACUUCUUUGCAGAUAUGGAGGAGGACCCCUUUAACCCUGACUAUGUGGAGGUAGACCGAGUACUGGAGGUGUCCUAUUGUGAAGACAAGGACACAGGAGAGGAGGUGGUGUACUACCUGGUGAAGUGGUGCUCCUUGGCCUAUGAGGACAGUACGUGGGAGCUGAAGGGGGAUGUGGAGCAGAGCAAGAUAGAGGAGUUUGAGCUGCUGCAGGCAGCCAAGGCAGACUCCCGCAGGAUGGAGCGCCCCCCAGCCAGCCUGUGGAAGAAGAGGGAGCAGUCCAGGGAGUACAGGAACGGCAACAGCCUCAGGGACUACCAGCUGGAAGGAGUCAACUGGCUCCUCUUCAACUGGUACAACAGACGGAACUGUAUCUUGGCAGACGAGAUGGGCUUGGGGAAGACCAUCCAGUCCAUCACCUUCCUGGAGGAGAUCUAUCGCGUUGGUAUCCGGGGCCCCUUCCUCAUCAUCGCCCCGCUGUCCACCAUCGCCAACUGGGAGCGCGAGUUCCGCACCUGGACGUUCCUCAACAUCAUCGUCUACCACGGCAGCGGGGUCAGCCGGCAGAUGCUGCAGCAGUACGAGAUGUACUUCAGGGACGCGCAGGGUCGAGCGCUACGCGGCGCCUACAGGUUCCAGGCUGUCAUCACCACCUUUGAGAUGAUCCUGGGCGGUUGCCCCGAGCUCAACGCCAUCGAGUGGCGCUGCGUCAUCAUCGACGAGGCCCACCGCCUCAAGAACAAGAACUGCAAGCUGUUAGAGGGCUUCAAGCUCAUGAACCUGGAACAUAAGGUCCUGCUGACGGGAACUCCCCUGCAGAACACUGUGGAGGAGCUCUUCAGCCUGCUGCACUUCCUGGAGCCCUUACGAUUCCCCUCCGAGAACACCUUCAUGCAGGAGUUUGGAGACCUCAAGACUGAGGAGCAGGUCCAGAAGCUGCAGGCCAUCCUGAAGCCCAUGAUGCUGCGCCGCCUGAAGGAGGACGUGGAGAAGAAGCUGGCCCCCAAGGAGGAGACCAUCAUCGAGGUGGAGCUCACCAACAUCCAGAAGAAGUACUACCGCGCCAUCCUGGAGAAGAACUUCUCUUUCCUGGCUAAAGGAGCGGGCCAGGCCAACGUGCCUAACCUGGUCAACACCAUGAUGGAGCUGAGGAAGUGCUGCAACCAUCCCUACCUCAUCAAAGGGGCCGAGGAGAAGAUCCUGGAGGACUUCCGCGAGGUCUACAGCCCCGCAGCCAUGGACUUCCCCCUGCAGGCCAUGGUCCAGUCGGCCGGCAAACUGGUCCUCAUAGACAAGCUCCUGCCCAAGAUGAAGGCCGGGGGGCACAAGGUGCUCAUCUUCUCCCAGAUGGUCCGCUGCCUGGACAUCCUGGAGGACUACCUCAUCCAGAGAAGGUACCUGUAUGAGCGCAUCGAUGGCCGGGUGCGAGGCAACAUGCGCCAGGCAGCCAUCGACCGCUUCAGCAAGCCAGACUCGGACCGCUUCGUCUUCCUGCUGUGCACGCGUGCCGGCGGCCUGGGCAUCAACCUGACGGCUGCCGACACCUGCAUCAUCUUCGACUCAGACUGGAACCCUCAGAACGACCUGCAGGCCCAGGCUCGCUGCCACAGGAUUGGUCAGAACAAGGCCGUGAAGGUCUACCGGCUGAUCACGCGCAACUCGUACGAGAGGGAGAUGUUUGACCGUGCCAGCCUCAAGCUGGGCCUGGACAAGGCUGUGCUGCAGAGCAUGAGCGGCCGAGAAAACAGCCUGGGAGCGGCUGCUGCAGGAGGGGGAGGAGGGCCCGUGCAGCAGCAACUGUCCAAGAAGGAGAUCGAAGACCUGCUGCGCAAGGGGGCCUACGGAGCCAUCAUGGACGAGGAGGACGAGGGGGCCAAGUUCUGUGAGGAGGACAUCGACCAGAUCCUCCAGAGAAGAACCAAGACCAUCACCAUCGAGUCAGAGGGUCGAGGGUCCACCUUCGCCAAGGCCAGUUUCGUGGCGUCCGGAAACCGCACAGACAUCUCUCUGGACGACCCCAAUUUCUGGGAUAAGUGGGCGAAGAAGGCCGAGAUCGACCUGGACACGGUCAACGGGAGAAACAGCCUGGUGAUCGACACCCCCCGCGUCAGGAAGCAGACGCGUCCCUUCAGCGCCACCAAGGACGAGCUGGCCGAGCUGUCGGAGGGCGACAGUGACAGCGACGACGGCGGCGCCGGCAAGCCAAAACUCCGCCGGCCGUACGACCGCCUCAACAGCUAUGGCCGCACAGAGUGCUUCAGAGUGGAAAAGAACCUGCUGGUAUAUGGGUGGGGCCGGUGGAAGGACAUCCUUCUCCACGGGCGUUUUAAGAAGCAGUUGAGCGAACGCGACGUGGAGUCCAUCUGCCGGGCGCUGCUGGCCUACUGCCUGGUGCACUACCGAGGAGACGACAAGAUCAAGAGCUUCAUGUGGGACCUGAUCGCCCCCAGCGAGGACGGCCGCACCAAGGAGCUGCAGAACCACCUGGGUCUGUCCACCCCGGUGCCUCGCGGUCGGAAGGGCAAGAAGAUGAAGACCCAGUCCAGCACCUUCGACAUCCAGAAGGCCGAGUGGAUCCGCAAGCACAACCCCGAGCACAUGCUGCAGGAUGACGGCUACAAGAAGCACCUGAAACACCACUGCAACAAGGUGCUGCUGCGGGUCAGAAUGCUCUACUACCUGAAACAAGAGGUGAUUGGAAGCGAGUCCCAGAACGUACUAGACGGCGUUGACUGCAGUGACAUCAAGAUCUGGGUGCCCGACCCGGACCACUCGGAGCAGCCCGCCCUGUGGUGGGACGUGGCGGCUGACAAGUGUCUGCUGCUGGGAGUGUACAAGCAUGGUUAUGAGAAGUACAACACGGUUCGAGCCGACCCCGCCCUCUGCUUCCUAGAGCGGGUUGGCCGGCCAGACGAGAAGGCCAUCGCUGCCGAGCAGAGAGCCAACGACUUCAUGGACGGGGACGUGGAUGACCCAGAAUACAAGCCCGCGCCAGCCUUGCUGAAGGACGAUAUGGAGGAUGACGCUUCGUCUCCAGGAGAUCUGGUCGUCACUGACAACGCUGGAGAUGCAGCUCCAGCGACAGAGGGGGACGCGCCCUACUGGCCCUCACCGUCUGUGCUGACAGCCCGGCUGAGGCGUCUGAUCACUGCCUCCCAGCGCUACACCAAGAGCAGACAGAUCCUCCACAUCCACCAGGCCCAGGCCCAGCAGUCCAUCACCAUGCCCUCCACUCUCUUCCCCAUGCCCCCCACCCUCAACGACACCCUCAACCCCAAGAUGGCCGCCAAGAUCGAGCGCCAGCAGAGGUGGACCAGACGAGAGGAGGCCGACUUCUACCGCGUGGUCUCCACCUUCGGCGUGGUGUUCGAUCCCGACCUGGGCCGCUUCGACUGGACCAAGUUCCGGGCCAUGGCCCGGCUGCAUAAGAAGACAGACGAGAGCCUGCAGAAGUACCUGUGGGCCUUCACGGCCAUGUGCAGGAGGGUGUGUCGUCUGCCCCCCCGGGAGGGAGACUCGGCAGUAGACCCGUCUCUUUCCAUCCAGCCGAUCACUGAGGAGCGAGCGUCGCGGACCCUGUACAGGGUGGAGUUGCUGCGUCAGGUUAGGGAGCAGGUGCUCCGCCACCCCCUGCUGUACGAGCGCCUGGCCCUGUGCCAGAUGGGCUCCGACCUGCCCGUGUGGUGGGCGCCCGGCUCCCAUGACCGCGACCUGCUCAUCGGUGCCGCCAAGCACGGUGUGAGCCGCACCGACUACCACAUCCUCCGCGACCCCGAGCUCUGCUUCAUGACGGCCCAGCGCAACUACAGCCAGAGCAAGCCCCCCUCCCACCACCCCCAGUCCCGUCUCCCUGCCGCCCCGCUCCUCCACCCCCAGUACCAGGCCAGCUCCGCCCGGGCCGCCUCCCCACUUACAAACACUCCUGCCCCUGCCCCCGCCCCGCCCCCCGCCCCGGCCCCCAGCCAGAGGGACCCGGAGCUCCCCAUGGUCGUGCCCAAGCAGGAGCCGGCCUCGGAGGGGGAGGAGAAUGCGGAGGGGCCGGCGGAGAGGUGGAGCCCCCCGCCGGGCCCCGCCACCCCCACGGGCCUGGAGGAGAAGCCCGGUCUGGUGAAGACGGAGAGCGAGAGGAAGAUGGUGGCGGCCCGCACCAAGCCCCUCACCCCCAACUCUGCUGAGCGGAAACAAAAGAAGGCCAGCAAGAGGAGCCGGCGGGAGGCCAGGAGGGCCGAGGCCGCCUCCGAGUCGGACUCGGACGGCUCCUCCUCCAGCUCCUCCUCGCACUCCUCCUCCUCGUCCUCCUCCUCGUCUUCCUCCUCCUCCCGCUCUGGCUCCAGCUCCUCCUCUUCCUCUUCAUCCUGCUCCUCCGGCUCCUCCUCCUCCUCUUCUUCCUCCUCCUCUUCCUCGGCGGACACUGAGAGCGAGGGAGAAGAGGGGCGAGCGAGGGAGAAGAAAAUUAAGGUGCCCACGGUGCCCAGCGUGAAGGGAUUCGACGAGGACAGCGUGGCCUCGCUCCCCGCCGCCCAUGACGAGCUGCAGGAUAGCCACCCGGCGGAGAACGGCGUCAGCCACUCGUCCCAGCCCUUCCAGGGAGGCUACAUGCUGGCUGCAUCCUACUGGCCCAAGGACCGCGUGAUGAUCAACCGUCUGGACAGCGUCUGCCAGGCUGUGCUGAAGGGCAAGUGGCCGGGGGCGCGGCGGGCCUACGAGGCCGGCGGGGCAGUGGCCUCCUUCUACACCACCAAGCUGCUGGACAACGCCAACAGCCUGUGCGAGGACCCCUCCACCUCGCCGCAGGGGUCAAAGGUGAAGAAGCAUGUUGCAGAAAACAAGGAGUUCUCAGUCAGCCUCAAUGACCAGGAGGGCGGUCUGAAGCUGACCUUCCAGAAGCAGGGUCUCCCCCUGAAGAGGCCCCUGGAGCCGGAGGAGGCCCCCCUGGGCCAGCAGCAGUACCUGGCCCGGCUCCACGACCUCCAGAGCGCCUCCGACACAGGCCUGGCUGACUUCACCAAGCCUCAAGCCAGCUUCCCUCAUGAGCCUCCAGGCCUGGCCGGUCAGAUGAGGCUGAACGGGGGGAUGGACGGCCAGCCGGUGGUGAAGAGGAGGAGAGGCCGGAGGAAGAAUGUGGAGGGAAUGGACCUGCUCUUCAUGAACAAGAACAGAGUCCCACCUGUAGAGGAACGCGUGCCCCCAGCGUGGGGCGGGAUGGCGCAAGCCGGCCUCCCUGGAGCCUCCGUGCCGGGGUACGGCCAGGGCGGGCCCCAGGCCCCAGUGGACAUGGAGAGCAGGGUCCCCGUCAUCAACCUCAAAGACGGGACGCGCCUAGCUGGAGACGACGCCCCCACGAGGAAAGACCUGGAACAGUGGCUGAGGGAACACCCGGGCUUUGUGGCCGACACAGGGGCCUUCAUCCCUGGCGUCAAUAAGAUCCAGAUGCAGUUCCAGGACGGGCGGCCCAAGCAGAAGAGGCACCGCUGCAGGAACCCCAACAAGAUCGACGUCAACAGCCUGACGGGCGAGGAGAGGGUGCAGAUCAUCAACAGGAGAAACGCCCGCAAGGUGGGCGGUGCGUUCGCCCCGCCUCUGAAGGACCUGUGCCGGUUCCUCCAGGAGAACCCGGAGUACGGGGUUCCCCCCGAGUGGGCCGAUGUGGUCAAGCAGUCGGGCUACCUCCCAGAGAGCAUGUUCGACCGCAUCCUCACCGGACCCAUCGUUCCAGAGGAGGUGAGCCGGCGCGGUCGGCGGCCCAAGAGUGCCCUGGCCAAGGCUGCGGCUGCGGCUAACAGCGGGGCAGCCGCCCUGGGUCUCAACCCCAUGCUGGCCAACGGUCUCCUCUCCGGCAUGGACCUCAACAGCCUGCAGGCCUUCCAGCAGAACCUCCAGAGCCUGCAGUCCUUGCAGCUCACCGCUGGCCUCAUGGGCUUACCCCCUGACGCCAGCAACCUGGCCGCCAGCAACCUGGCCGCAAUGUUUCCCAUGAUGCUCUCUGGCAUGGCCGGACUCCCCAACCUGCUGGGAAUGAGCGGGCUUCUGGGCAAGCCCCCCCAGGACGGGACGGGGGGGUCAGAGGAGAAAAAGAAGGGAGCAGCCAGCAGUAACAGUGGAGGAGGAGAGUCUUCGGCCUCCAAAGCCCCCUCGCAGAGCCCCGCCCACACCUCCGACACCAAAGGGGACAGGACAGAGGGGCAGAGCGGGGAGCAUGCCUCCACCGGUGCCAGCGAGCCCUCCACCUCCUCUGCCACCACCCCACCAAGUGCUUCUGCUGCCGCGACAGCCUCCAGCCAUCCACUGUCUCUUAACCCCUUGUUACUCUCCAGUAUGCUUUACCCAGGGAUGCUUCGUACUCCAGGCCUUAACCUCCCAGCGUCCACCUCACAGCCACAGAGCACAAACACUGACCACACCCCUUCCCCUGGCCCCUCCCACUCACCACCCCAGGAGAUGGAGCGACCAGAGGAGAGGGGCCUAGAUGAUGAAGAUGAUGAUGAGGAAGAGGAGGGAGAGGGGGAAGAGUCUGCCGAGCAGAAGGACAGUGGUGCAGAGGGGUCGGGGAAAGCAGAGUCAUCUUCAUCAGAGUCGGGGAGCUCCUCUUCAUCAUCUGGUGACUCAGACUCCAGCGAUGAAGACUGAGCCCAUGAAUAUAUAAAUAUAAAUAUAUUUAUGUAUCUCCUAGAAAUGUACACAUAUAUAUACAUAUAUAUGGAUUUUCUUGCACUUACAUUGUGAUUUCUUUUCAUGUAAAUACAGAAAACUAACGCAAACGUGUAAGAACUGAAAGAAAGAAAGAAAAAGAAAAAAACAGAAAAGAAAAAAAAGACCUAAAGGAACUGAAAUAAAAUUUCAGUGUUUGUUCGAAGGUACAAUCUUGUUUUGAGAGGCAUUUUGCAUGUCAAACUUUAGUAGAUUUCCGAACUUUGUGAACUUGUAUAACACAAUGAUGUACAAUUGCAACAAACGGAAAAUGAAAUCAGACUGGCAUUAUUGUAAUUAUCAUGUUGGGAUUUAAUUUUAUUAAAAAAAGAGGAAAAACAUUGAUGCUCCAGCUGAGCUGUACUAUUAAUAUAUUUUGGAGUUGGGAGGUUGAGAAGAACUUGACAAAUAUUUUGUUUGGAUUCCUUUUGUAAAUACAGGUUUCCUCACGCAUAUACUUUGCAGAUCGUACUUUGGGAAAGUCAGCAAUAACUCGGGCAGCUAAUGAAUGUCACUGAAGCUGUAGAUUCCUUAUGUCGGCCAUAUUCCACUGCACAUCCCAACCAAGGCCCUUGUAGUAUCCACAGCCUACCACUCGACACCCAGCAGUCACCAUAUCAAAGCAGACUCAAAUGGAUUAAAUAUGAUUUUGUCUUCUGACAGUCAAAAUCCCACAAAUUAAAUCUGAGGUCCACUUUAAGUUUCUUUGUAGAAUUGCUAGCACAUUUGUCUUUUUUUUUAUACAGUACAAGUGUCUGCCCCAUGAAGCACUGUUAGGAUGGAGUGCCAAAAGCUGCCCAAGUCUAAUGAGGCAGAGAUUUAGUCAAACAAAAUCUGUGUUCAUAAUCACAAUCAGGAAGAAUGUUCUGACAAUGUGAAAAGAAAUGACAUCCUGGCAUGUUUAACAGCAUCUUACCUCAGCUUUGCUAACAGGAUCACUGUUCAGUUCACUGUUCAAACAGCCCAUGUCCCUGUCUGUGACGUGUGUCCUGUGUACGUGUUCCCACUGGAACUCUAUGGGUACUCUUGAGAGCUUCCACUCACUUUGGCUGUUUGCUUUCAUUGGGUCGAAUGUCUGCCUUUUUGGGCUGGGUAAAGUCAAUUUACAGUGGAUUGAACCCAAACCAGUGUGUGUGUAUGAGCGAGAGAGGGAUUAUUGCACUGUGUUUCUGUUGUAAGGGAAGUGAGUUGUGAGUGUUAGACUGUAUGAUCCCCUCGACCGGGUGGUCGCAUGAUUAGCUGCAACUGGGAUGUUACCGGACGGUACGACCCCUAGCUGGAACGAUCCGUCCGGGCGCCGUCACCCAGAGCACACGACACACUCCGUAACUCCAGGACGAGUGUGGAGGGGUCCCAGGCCGUGGGGUAGGACCUUGCCUGCUGGGUUCAAGGUCCAGGAAAGGGUGGGCUGGUCUGUAGUAUUAUCUGUGCUCCUCUCGUGACGACACUAGCUGCCGGAACAGUCUGUGGAGCUCCAUCAUGCGUCCUCUCCCCCCUUCUACCCCUCUUCAGCACUUGGCUCAGUUCCAGAUGACUCUGUUUCUGGAAGCAGAUGGGCGAUCUCUCAGUGUUUGUGUAUCAGGAAACAUGUUGGGGUUGUCUCUGUAUCAAUUAGAUUGCAGCAGAAUAUAAUUUUACAUGAAAUUUAGUUUACACCUGACAACUGUGUAAAGCAUCGCUACGACUUGCAGUGAUGCGAAAUAUCAAUUAAAGUAUUUGGGCUGUAUGGAUUUAGUGUAGGCUUUCCUUUUCCAGGCUUAAUAUCUACCUUCCAAACACGAUGUAUUGCUGACUGUGGUCUUUGUAUUCCAAGGGAAUUCUCUGCUUCAGGUGUCUCUUUUUAACGUAAUCGGCAAGUUUUACUGAUCCACUGGUGAAUGGAGCUGUAGAAACGUGUAGAAGUGACCUUACAAUGUAUCUCUGUUCAUCUUUCUCCUAUUCCCCAGUAUCUGAUUAAACAAACAGCUUAUAUGUUCUUUAUUUGAUGUGGUGUGUUUGUUUAUGAUCACUACAUGGUUAAUCUGGGCUCAAAAGCUGUUGUUGCAAGACUGUUGGUACACAUUGGACUGCUAAACACAUUUCAAAAUAGUUGUUUGUUUUAUUGUCAACAUUAAAAGAAAAUACAUAAAAUUGACGUGUGUUAAAAAAACGCAUUAAGCCACUGUCUGCCUCCAUGUAGAUGUCAGUGUUGUUGUACUGAACCUAUGCGUCAAUGUUGAAGCCCACUGAGUCAUGUCAAGACUGACAAAAACACUUAUCUGACACAGCUUUGACAUCAGGGUGCAUUUCCCUCUCCGCCUAUGAUGUCCUUAACAGUGAUUUGUUUUGUAUGUGUUGAGUGGUAGCCAUCUUUGUUAUGCCUGCUUUUACUCCAGGCAGAGAACUCAAAGAACACCCUUCACCUGUCUUUUUUUUUUUAUACCGCAAAAACACUUUCCUUUAAACUAACUGUGCCCUUAGGCAAACGCCCAUACACUGCUGCUUCCUGGUUACUAAUAAUACUACCCAACUAUGAUUGUUUUAGCAGGCUUUAUAUUUUAACUCAAUAGGGAGAUGGGUUGGUAGCUUACUGAGAAAUGAGCCUGCUUUUGCAGAAGACUGGUUACCUCUACAUUAUUGAGAACUAAGAGGUAUCUAGGGAGAGGUAGGGA